UGAUAAAAACAAUUUUAGAAAGGGGGAUGACAAAAGUACUUAAUUGGUCUCAAUCUCUUCAUUCUGAAGCCACUAGAUUUUGAGUUGAAAACUGAAAGACUUCGUGUUCACUUUCCCAACAUCUUGAAGUAUUCUACUGCAUCAUCUUCUAAAAGUUCAUCCAUAAGCACAGAAAACCACCUUACAAAAAAUCCAAUACAUGAAUACAAAACCCACCUAAAUUUAAAGCACAAACAAAAGACUGUAGCAUCACAACCUUCCAUACCUCAAAAAUUAUUUCUUUACAACUCCAUUGUCACACCAAUAAUUCAAGCUAAAAAAAGUUCUCUUCUUCCCAAACUUUUAUCACCCAUUAAAAAAAAGACCAUUCACACAGAAAUAACUUUAGCUAAAAAAGAUUUUCUUCUUCCCAAAUCUCAUCACCCACUAAAAAAAUAAAAAAAAAAUUGCAAAGAAAAGAAAAAAAAAGUUGCACAAAAAGAAAAGUCUUUGGCACUAUAAAUUGUAUAAUCCUUUUCUUGUUCUUCCGUGCAAGUAAACUCCAAUUUUGAUUUCUUUCCAUUAUAAACAAUCAUUGUCAAAAUUCAUUUUUUCUUAUAAAGUUCCAGCUUUAAUGGCUUCCUUAGCAUCAAUCCCACAAACCCAACUUUUUUCCAAAAAACUCACUAUAAUUUCAAAGCAAAUCAACCAAACCCAUAACUUUUCCUUCAUUAGAAGUCAUAAUUUUGGAUCAAUGGUUUUGGGUAGAGCUGAAAUUACCAAAAUGCCCUUGAAGGCAGCUGUGUCUAGCUCAGCUGAGGUGAAGAAGGGAUUUGUGGAGGAAAUGAGAGCUGUUGCUAUGAAAUUGCAUACAAAAGAGCAAGCUCCUAAAGAGGGACAAAAAGUGGCAAAGGGUCCAGAAGAGAAGUCUCCUGCUAAGUGGGACCCAACUAUUGAAGGGUACUUGAAGUUUCUUGUUGAUAGUAAGUUGGUUUAUGAUACUUUGGAGAUUAUUGUUCAACAAGCUCCUGUUUCUUACUAUGCUGAGUUUAAGGACACGGGAUUGGAACGUUCACAGAGUUUGGAAAAAGAUUUGGAGUGGUUCAAAGAGCAAGGUUAUACUAUCCCGGAGCCAUCUGAUCCCGGUGUCACAUAUUCUAACUAUCUUGAAGAAUUAGCUCAGAAAGAUCCUCAGGCUUUCAUCUGCCAUUUCUAUAAUGUAUACUUUGCCCACUCUGCUGGUGGCCGCAUGAUUGGAAGGAAGGUUUCAGAGAAGAUUUUGAACAAGAAGGAGCUGGAAUUCUACAAAUGGGAUGGUGAACUAUCUCAGUUGCUCCAGAACGUGAGGGAGAAGCUAAAUAUAGUUGCUGAAAGCUGGACAAGAGAAGAAAAGAAUCAUUGUUUGGAAGAAACCGAGAAGUCAUUCAUGUACUCCGGGCAAAUCUUACGUCUCAUAUUCACGUAAAACAUGAAGCUGCCUCGUUGCGAGGUCUUACUGUUGGUUCUCCUGUGAUGCAAAUGCAUCAUCACCUAAAUUCACCUUGUUUAUAUCACUCAAAAGAAAAAAGGAACAAUUUUCUUUGUUAAAUUUGUUUUUCCUUAGAUUCUGUUUGAACUUUGAAUACUCAGGUUGACAAAUGUGAAUAUAUCAAAAUGCAGGUUUCACAAAGCCA